UUGGGUGGCAAAAAGUCUUUUCCCUAAUAUAUAAUCUUCUUGGCGCCAACCACUUAUUAGAUCAAAGGAAGACAGCGUAAUUUGGAUUUUACCGAUAUUCUUCAACAAGCUACCGAACCGGAAUGGGAGUUCACGGUCUUUGGGACCUACUCGCCCCCGUUGGCCGGCGCGUGUCAGUUGAAACUAUUGCCGGAAAAAAACUGGCUAUCGACGCCAGCAUAUGGAUGAUCCAGUUCAUGAAGGCUAUGAGAGACGAGAAGGGAGAGAUGGUGCGGAACGCACAUUUGAUCGGGUUCUUUCGCCGAAUUUGUAAAUUAUUGUAUCUAAAGACAAAACCAGUUUUUGUCUUUGAUGGAGGAACACCGGCGCUCAAGCGCCGCACAGUCAUUGCUCGCCGAAGGCAACGUGAAAACGCCCAGGCUAAAAUCCGUAAAACCGCUGAGAAAUUGCUGAUUAAUCAUCUCAAGACAAUGAGGCUGAAAGAAUUGGCAAAAGAUCUUGACGAUGAGAGAAAGAAGCAGAGUAAUGCUUCUAAGGGCAAGAAGAUUUUGUCAGACCAAGUAGCGUUCACACGUAGUCUGGGAAAAAAAGAAGCGGUUUUGGCAUCUGGCAACAAGGGAAAUCAAGAUGAAAUGUUGGCAGCAUCAGUUGCAGCAGAGAAGGAUGGGAGUUUCAGUGAAAAUCUCUUGCAGGAGAAUGGUGAUGAAGAUGAAGAGAUGAUGAUGCCAACAAUGGAUGGGAAUAUUGAUCCAACUGUUAUGGCAACUUUGCUGCCAUCAAUGCAGCGCCGUCUUCUUGUUCAGAAGCAGGAGAAUGAUAUUAAGGGCAAGAAGAUUUUAUCUGAUGACAUAGAUCAAACAGAUUUGAUAGGGAGUAAAGAGGAAACAAAUCAUGUGGCAUCAAAGUGUUAUGAUCAUGAAAAGCUUGAUGAGAUGUUGGCAGCAUCUAUUGCGGCAGAGGAAAAUGGAAGUUCAACAAACAAUACUUCUAUACCUACUGGUUUAUUUCCUUUUGAGGAAGAUGAUGGUGAUGAAGAGGAAGAGAUGAUAUUGCCAGAUAUGCAUGGGAGUGUUGAUCCAGCUGUUUUAGCUGCUCUUCCUCCAUCAAUGCAACUGGAUCUUCUUGUGCAGAUGAGAGAGCGGUUGAUGGCAGAAAACAGACAGAAGUAUCAAAAAGUCAAGAAGGCACCCAAAAAAUUCUCCGAACUACAAAUACAGGCUUAUCUUAAAACUGUUGCUUUCCGACGGGAGAUAGAUGAAGUGCAGAAAGCUGCAGCUGGAAGAGGGGUAGGUGGCAUCCAAACUUCAAGAAUAGCCUCUGAAGCUAACAGAGAAUUUAUUUUUUCAUCAUCAUUUACUGGGGACAAACAAGUGCUUGCAUCAGCUAAAGUAGGGAGUACAGCUGAUAACCAACAACAGCUGCCAUCAAGACAUCCUUCUUCAGCUUCCAGGGACGAAGGUAUAUCCUGCAGUGAAUCGAAUGCUGUAACAGGAUUGGCCCCUGAGGGAAGAGGAUCAGUUUUUGAUGAUGUCGAGACAUAUCUAGAUGAAAGAGGCCGUGUUCGUGUUAGUAAGGUCAGAGCUAUGGGGAUUCGUAUGACUCGUGAUUUACAAAGGAAUUUGGAUCUGAUGAGGGAGAUUGAGGAAGAGAGGGUAAAUACGAACGAUACAACAGAUGUGGAGACAAUGCUCAACAUAAAUAAAAUAGGUUCCUCAAAUAGUUUUUCUGAAAAUGGUGAGUUUGUAGAAACUGCACCUGACAAUGAUAGUGGAUUUGUAAACAAAGAGAGAAACAAGCAGUCCAUGUUUAAAAAUGAAAAUGUUAUACAGAUAUCAUUUGAAGACAAUGGUGAGAGCAAUUGUGUUGAUGAUGAUGAUGUUUUUGCUCGUCUAGCUGCAGGAAGUCCUGUAAAAGUCUUUUCUGUUGAUAGUACUCCUCCAAAGGAACAGCCUUUUGAUUCAGUUUCAGAUAGUGACUGGGAAGAAGGGAAUAUUGAAGAAAAAACUAACAGUCUUUCUAAUGAUGUUAAUGCAGAAACUAACCCUGCUCAUGAUCUUAAGAAGGGCAACACCAAUGGUGACAGUGACGUGGAAUGGGAAGAAGGACCGAGUGGUGCUCCUGAAAGUUACUCAGCAUGUUUUGCAGAAUCAGGAAAAACAGUUCCUAGAGGUCAUUUGGAAGAGGAGGCUAAUUUACAGGAGGCAAUAAGGAGAAGUCUCUUGGAUUUUGGUAGUGAGAAGUCUGAUGAUGAAAAUUCUAAAAAGUCUAGAGAAAUUGCUUCUGGUGUUGGAUUUCUUGAUGAAAAGAAUAAUAUGAGUGGGUCAAAUCUGUUGGGGGAGAAUGCCACUCAACAAGAUGAACCAGUUUGUGAAAUUCUUGAUGGAGCAAAUCUGGGUACUACAGGGGGAGUAAGUGACUCACAAGUUACUAAUGCGUUAGAGAGUCAGUUGAAGUCUGUAGUACAUAACCCUGAUAACAAGGAGACACGAGGUAAAUCAUGUGAAAAGCAACCCACUUCUCAUCCUGAACAAUCAACGCAAGACACAAGUGAGGGGAGGUCUUUGUAUGGAGAUGUGGCAUGUGCAGAAUCAGGUAAUACUUUGGGAAUCGAGGAGCGCCACUUUGUUCAAGGGCAAUGCUUUGAUGCUUCUAAUAAGGGCGGUGGGCUAUCUACCCUGACGAAAAGGUGUUCUGAAGAUAAUUCUCAUGGUUCUGAUGUAGUAUUUAGUGACAUGUCUGGUGCCAUUGUGGUUGAUGACAAGAAAAAUAAUUUUGAAGUUGAGUGUUCUGCUCUCCUUGAUGAUAAGGAAAGCGAAACAGUCGCUGAAUCCUCUGUUAUUAUCAGUGGUGAAAAAAAUGAUUGCAUAGCUGAAGCAUUGCAUCAGACAAGUUUGCCUAGUGAUCUGUCCAGCCCCAUGGUGGAUGCAUCUCUGAAUGAAUCAGUGUAUAAAAUCAAUUCUCAGCAAAAUUUGGCUGCAGAAAGAACCCCUGAUCAUGAAUUUAGUGGUGGAGAGCACAACAUAGGGAAGUCUGAAAUGAAGGAAAAUGAUAACAUGCAGGUGGAGUUCACAGAGGCUAAUUUGGAGGAAGAAAUGCUAAUCUUAGGUCAAGAAUGUAUGAACUUAGAAGAUGAGCAGAGAAAGCUUGAACGCAAUGCUGAAUCUGUUAGUAGUGAGAUGUUUGCAGAAUGCCAGGAACUGCUGCAAAUGUUUGGCCUACCCUAUGUUAUUGCUCCAAUGGAAGCGGAGGCUCAGUGUGCUUUUAUGGAGCUUGCGAAUCUUGUUGAUGGUGUUGUGACCGAUGAUUCUGAUGUGUUCUUGUUUGGAGCUCGAAGUGUUUACAAGAAUAUAUUUGAUGAUCGCAAAUACGUGGAGACAUAUUUCAUGCAGGACAUUGAAAAGGAGCUUGGUCUGACCAGGGAAAAACUUAUCCACAUGGCACUGCUUCUUGGGAGUGAUUAUACUGAAGGGAUUAGUGGAAUUGGUAUUGUCAAUGCCAUUGAGGUUGUAAAUGCAUUCCCUGAGGAAGAUGGCCUUCAUCAUUUUCGGGAGUGGAUUGAAUCACCGGAUCCGACCAUCCUUGGGAAGUUUGAUGUUCAAACUGGAUCAAAUUCAAGGAAAAGAGGGUCAAAAGUUGGUGAAAAUAGUAUGAGUUACACAAAAGGCAGCAUGGAAGGACUCUCUGAAGUUGGCCAAAAUGUUCUCCAAGCUGAUGAGAGCAAGCAGUCUGCAGAUAACAGCCAAGACAUAAAGAAGAUUUUCAUGGAUAAUCAUAGAAAUGUGAGCAAGAAUUGGCAUAUACCUUCCUCUUUCCCUAGUGAAGUUGUUAUUUCAGCAUAUACUUGUCCACAAGUGGAUAAAUCAACUGAGCCUUUAUCAUGGGGAAAGCCAGACCUUUUUGUUCUUCGCAAAUUUUGCUGGGAUAAGUUUGCAUGGGGAAGUCAGAAAACAGACGAGUUGCUCCUUCCUGUCUUGAAGGAGUAUGAGAAACGAGAGACUCAACUGAGACUAGAAGCAUUUUACACUUUCAAUGAAAGAUUCGCAAAAAUUCGUAGCAAGAGAAUUAAGAAAGCUGUUAAAGCAAUAACGGGAAACCAAUCCUUAGAGUUGAUGGGUGAUGCUGGGCAAGAAGUUCCUAAAAGUAGAAAGAAGAGAAGAGGGGAUCAUCCUAAAAAGGGAAAUAGUAUAUCAGAGAAAGAUUCAGAGGAAAGUGCACCUGGAGCUGAAAACAAUAUGGGAAAGUCAACUCCUAAGCAGUUGAAGAAAAUAAGGGUUACUAAUAAGUUUGUCUCAUCCGAAGUGGAAAAUCCAGAGUCGUUAUUAUGUGAUGAUGGUGGAAAAAAUUCCAAUAAAAUAUCACCUGGGAUUGGAAGAAGUAGAGGGAGGGGAAGAAAAAGGCUUUGUGCUGAAUUAACGGAAACCAGCUCUAGUGAUGGUGUUGGUGGCAAUUAUGUGAACAAAGUUAAUGCUGAGAAGCUAGAAGGGCAGCAUGAACUGCGAAGGUCAAAACGUUCAAGGAAGUCUGUGAAUUAUUGUAUGAAUGACCAAGAGAUUGGUGAUGUGGGCAAGAUAAGGAGUGAUGAAGAAUGCUCAAAUGAAGAGGCGGGAGAACAAUUUGAAGGUUAUGGCAUAGCUGGAGAUUCUUCGGCCGCCCCCAUUAGAAAGGAACAACAUAAAGCAGGUGAUUUUUUGCCGGAGGAGGGAUCUUCUAUGGACUAUCUUGAAAGAGGAGGUGGAUUUUGCAUUGGUGAAGGUGAAAUUGGUGAGCCAAGUGUGAGCCGGAAUGAGGAUACUUUUUCUGAGGCAGAAAUCUCCAGAGAUCACCUGACAAUGGGAGUUGGGUUUUGCUUAGAUGAAAGUGAGAGUUGAAGGUUAUCAUUGGCAUGCUUCCCUUUGCUUCAAUUUUGUAGAAAGAAGCAUACUGCAAUUAUGCUUUAGGCGAUUCAACUUGUGGCACCAGAGAACUAGUAUGGAAUCUGUAAUGGCUUGGAGGGGUAGACAUUUGAUGCUGAAGCGAAUAUGGGCAAACAAAUUGUCAUACCUCAUGAUGAUUUCAUCUCUAGGAUGGUGUGUCUCUGCAAGAAGAGAUAAUAUGAUGCUGAGAAUCCACUCUAGGAUAUGCGUUGAUAAAUGUACAAUGUCUGGCAUCCUGUUUGAAGUCCUGUAAAUGUUUUCCUUUUAUUUGAUGUCCGAUGUUAUUUAUGAUAACAUGUCACAAUGUACAGUCGAACAGAUUUCACUUGCUGUUAUAGGAGGAAAGCGUAAAUUCAAUUUAAUAUUUUCAA